AUUGCUGAGGAGUUUACGGACGCGUCAGGGGCUGUCUCGCUCCCCCCCAGUUAUCCCCCAGUUUACCUUCGGACGAGCCUGUAAUGGACUACUCCAGUUCUCCCAGCAACCUGGACGGAUUUUGAGAAACGUUUGCAUUUUUAGCUCCUUCCCCCCCACUUCAUAUUUUCCACAUUCAAGUCAGCAGGAUGGCUGAGAAGGAGCCCGAAUCGCCUGGAAAACUAAAGACAUUAUUAUAGCCAGAAUUGGCUUUUUCGGAAUAGGGGGCCUAUCCGAACAGACUAUUUCUUUUCACAACUUUCCCCUCUGUGGAUAAUGGAUGGCAGAGAUUUUGGACCUCCCCGAUCCGUUCACGUACCACCUCCGUUGUUGGCGGGGCUCGCAAUGGAGUCUCACCGACUCGGAGCAGCAGCAGCAGCCGGGAGGAUCCCUCCCUCGCCCGGUCACUUGGGCGCGAGUCAUCCGCCGCCUCUCCACUCUGGAAAAUUCUUGCCAUCGGCCAUUAACCUACAUCCACACCACAGCGAUGGCUUCUCAGCCGGCUCCAAUCCCUUCCUGUCAGGUUACCCGGGCCCCUCCCCGCUGACCUCUGACCCUGCGUACAGAUCGGCCAAUCCCAGCGGUCUGCAGAUGGCUCAGCUCUGGGCAUCACACGCUCAUGAAGUGACACCGGCCAGUCAGCAGCAGCAGCAGAAGUCACACUCCCAGCCUUCCACAGCAGAGCCCAGACCCAGGCCGUCGCCUCCACGGCCUUCCUUCCCUUCAGGGAGUGGUGGUAGUGGGGGUGGAGGUGGGGGCAGGUUUCAUGGACCAGAAACAGACAGAGGGGGUCGGGAUGAAGAGGGAGGCUCUCGACCCCACCACAACCAUAACUCUAACGCUAACUCGAAUAACUCAAACUCUCACUUAGACAGACAAAGGAGGAAUGACGCUGUGGCCGCGUCAGCUGGGACCCUCCACAUCUCGUACGCCCAUCCUCCUGCGCUGCAGCCCUCCUCCGCUGCCGGCCCGCCCCACACCUCCACGCCCAGAGAGUCUAUCAGAGAGCAGCGAGUCAGUGCGCCGACAUAUGUGCCUUCUGUGGAGGUUUACGACGAGCGGACUGGGCCCAUCCAGAUCGCCUCACAGGCCCGCGACAAACACGGGGAAAAACACAGAGAAAGAGAAAGAGAAAGGGAACGAGACAGAGACAGAGAGCGUGAGCGGGACAGAAACAGAGAGAGGGAGAGCUACAGGUUUCCUGAGAGGAGCCUGAUGGAGCAUCCACGACUCUCCCAGUCUGGCGAUUCAAGCAAUCAAAGAGAAGAAGGUUCUGUCAUUUGUUCCAAUGGUUCCAUUGGUAAACGAGGACAGGACCCUUCCUACUCCUCCAGUCAAUCAAGGUUCAGCCCAGAAACCAGGGACAUCCCUAAACACUCGCUUCGAUUGGGUAUAGAGCGGGCAGGGGCGGAGCCUAAGUGGAAUACUAUCAGCCCAUUAGCCAACUAUGCCACAAGUCACAUGGCUGCUCUGGCAGCUCAACACGGACACACACUCUCAUCUCCCCACAGCCAGCAGACGCACACACAAAUGUCCCAUUCCCCUCACACAACCCACCGGUCCAGCAACAACCCGCACUCCGCCCACAGCCAUUCCCCCCAGACACACCCCUCCCAACACGGACACGGGCAUGCAGGUGAGGAGGGGAGUCAGAGACGCUACCUGGACCCAUCGGCGCUCUACCGACCUGGGGGAUCACUGGCAGGGGGGUCCAGUGGUGGGGAGCGAGGCGGUGGAGCGUGUUCGGAUCCCACAGAGGUUUCAGCCAUGCAGAGUCUGAUCAAAUACAGUGGAAACUUUGCUGCUGAGGGCCCUGGGUCUUCCAGGCACGCCGCUGACGGACGAGGGCCCUUUGGGGGUCUGGGUAACAUUGUGUCCGAAGCCGAGAGGGAGAGGGAGAGGGAAAAAGAGAGAGAGCGGGAAAGAGAGAGGGAAAAAGACAGAGAUAGGGAGAGAGAGAGGGAAAGGGUGUCGGUUGGACCAGGUGCUUCAGGGGCGUUGAGAAUGCCUCCCCAGCUGAAGAGGGAGCAGGAGCGGCCAGACAGCGCCCGCUCUUUUGGCCGGGAGGGGGAGGGGGAGGUGCGCCACCCACCGGUCGGCAUUGCCGUCGCCGUGGCCCGGCAGAGAGACAGUGGGAGCGCCAGUAAACAGCCCAGCGGACCUUCAGACACACAGAGAACCUUGCUGCAAACUGCUAUUAAAGAUGAGGAGCGAGCGGAGGAGCGUGCUCGCCACCAUGAGGACAGACUGCUGGCCAGCCGGCUGGAGCGCGAGCAGGAGAAAGCGCUCAGAGAGCCCAAAGAGCUGACAGACUUUACUCAGAUGCACCCUGCCCCCCUGUCUAGCGGCCUGACACCCAGUAUGAUGACACCCAGCCUCAUGACCCCCAACCUUAUGGUGACAGGAGGAGCUGCCCUGGCAGGAGCAGGGAGAUGGCCUCCCGACCCCUCAACUCUGACCUCUCACCCCUGGAUGCCCAGGCCUGGAGCCCCUCCAGUCUGGCUCUCCAGCUCACCAUACAGCCUGGGUCCAUCCUCACUCCACCAGACCCUCCCCCCAGGCUACCCACCCUCUCUGCAGGGCUCCAUGCCCCCUCCCUACCAGUUUGCCAGGGACCCACAGUCUGGACAGCUACUAGUCAUCCCCACUGAACACCUGCAACACUACGGAGGUGAUGUACUGGAGCGUGGAGGCCCGGUGUGGUCAGGUGUAUACGGUACAGGCAGCUCGCUGCAGCACGCAGCCCAGCUCCAGCUCCUCUCCCAGCAGCAGAUGCUUCGGCAACAGGAGCUACUCAUGAUCCAGCAGCACACAGCGCAGGUCCUGGAGCUGCAGAGGAACGCACAGCUAGUGGAGCGUUUAAAGGCCAGUGAGCAUCGGCCCGAGAUGGAAGAAAAAGCAGACAAGCGGAACGCCGACCCCAAACCCCGCCCCUCCUCUAUAUCUUCCCCGUCUCCGUCACCCAUUCUGCACCCCCGCAAACCUCCCCCUCACUCUCGCUCUCCAACCCCGUCUACCUCCUCCCUCACCCCGCUGCCUCCGCUGCCCUCACCGGUGACCACCCUCAAGUCAGAGGAUGGUGGGCAGAGAGUGUUGUCUCACCCACCGACACCCCUGCCUCAUCCGCCGUCCCCCAGGUCGGCUUCCCCGCCCCCAUCCUCGCCACGGCGGCCUAAACAGGAGGCAGCCGAAGAGGGGGAGGUGGGACGGAGGGAGCAGAGAGCGGGACAGAAGCCAGCCUCUGCACCCUUUCAAGGCAUCUACUCUGAUCUCCCUCCAGGUUACCCUUACCAGUCCAUCACUGCCCCAUUUGGCUCACCUUUCCCCCCAUAUCGCAUUCCACCACCCACAGGGGCAAACACAGAAGUUGUCCCACCCCGCCGCUCCCAUUCUCCUGCCUCUGCUGCCCCUGUGCCCUCAGCCCACCGGCACCUCCUGGAAGCAGACAUCAAGCCACAGAAACUAGAGUCGUCAAAGACGGGCUCUUUUCUCAAGCAGGAGCCCGGUUUGGAACAGCCUCAGCAUAACACGACGCCAGAACCUCUGGGUCCCCUGCGCCGGAGCUGCAGCCCUGUGUUACCUAGCCAGGACAGAGAGGGAGACAGGGAAACGUCGAAGCCCAAGCCUCAACCACUACCUCUUCAUGUCCCCAGCCCUCCACCGCAACAAAGCGAAAGGCUGGAAGAAAUCAGGGGGGAAGAGAAGAAAGGAGGGCAAAUCAAAAUGGAGGUGUCAUCCUACUCCUGUCAGGCUGCAUAUCCCCUGCCUCCUUCACUCACAGAAGCCGAGCCUAAAACGGAGGUCAUCAAGGAUCCAGAGCGAUAUUCAUCGGUCAUCACUGCAGAUCCAGACCGACAGGAAUCAGCUCAGAUGUGUACGUCACUAGAGCAAACCACCAGCGCCGUGUGUGAACAAGAACAACUAGAUGCUCCCUCGCUCACUCCCAGUCAGAAAGAAAGUGUCACAGAAACUCCCGUUUAUCCUUCUCCCACCUCCAACUCCCCACUACCGCUGGUCAUCGGUCCCGAGGAUCCCAUGGCAGGGAUGCUCGCUCUACUCACAGCCAGUGAGAUAGUCCAGGCUCGGCCCAGCACCCCACCCGCCCCAACGCUCAUACCACAGACAGAAAACCCUCCCGUGGACGCAGACUGCAGCAGCGCUGGUGCUCUGGAGAUGGUGGCACUGGAGGGGAUGGCCCUGCUUAGCCAAAUGGCUCAGCAGGAGAUGGAGCACAUCAGCCUGGAGAAAGAUCUGACAUUAGAGGGUCUAGACUGUCUUCUUGAAGCAAGCAGACAGAUUUUGUUGGAGGCCAUCGAGAAACAAUCCCACGUUGAUCUGCCCAGAACGCUGGACCCCGACAAGAAGUACAGCUGGAGGCAGAGGAAGGAGGAGCCGCUGUACAGUAAAAUGUCUGUGGACGUGCUUGAUGCAGUGGAAGUGGAAUACCGUGUUCGCCUGGCUGAGCUGCAGAAAACGUAUAAGGAGAAGCAGAGAGAUUUGAGCAAGCUGCAGAGACGCCGAGACAAGCGUGAGCGGCAGCAGCAGGAGGAUGAGAGGCGGAGUCUGACCAGACGGGGCAGAGGGCGACCCAGGAAGAGGAAACACUUGACUACACCUCCCAAACUGGACAGCAGGCCUGGAAAGGUGGGUAGGACAGUGCAAUACUCUGAGGACUCUGAAGCUGGGGAUGGACAGAGGAAGAGGUUCAGGGUGUCCAGAGAAGACGACGAGACUGAGGCAGGAAGUGGAGGAGUGAAGGUGAAAAAGAAGAAAAAGAAGAAGAGCUGGAAUGACCAGGAGCCAUCCACCAGUCAUGCUCUGGAGGUGUUGAAGGCGAAGCGUGGCCACGUUUGUGAGCAGGAGCAGCUGGCGUCGGACCUCGACAGAGCGCUUUCGCUUUCGCAGCUCAGCUCACUCGGGGCAUCUCGCAAACUUGCCUCUAACUCUAAAUUGGACAAAUCGAAGGCCAAGUCUGGGGAUGGUAGGAUGAAGGAGCGCAGCAUCCACUCAUCUGCCAAAGGAGGCAAGCACAAGAUGGCUGCCAAGACUUCUGCUUCGGAGACCGUCCGGAAGGUGAAAGGUCAGAAGAAGACUGCUUUGUUCUCUCCCAUGAGAUCAGAGCUCAGCAGCUGCUCUAACAACUCAGAUUCAGAGGAGCACAAUUCUGCUCGAGGGGGCUGGCCCCCUCUCUCAGGGACGCGUUCCCAUGGCAACUUGACCAGGAAGAGACGGUCCGCAUCGUCACCAACAUCCCUGCUGUCCAGUCAGAAGUCUCAGAAGAAGAAACACAAGCACUUAUCCCUGCUGCUGGAGGAAGCGGGCCUCAGCUCCUCUGACGACUCCUUCGACCAAGAAACGUCCGAGGAAGACGACGACAACAACGAGGAUGAGUCCGAUUCGGACGAUGAUGGCGGCUGUGAGGAAAGCGGGCUGGGUCUGUUGGCCAGGUUCGCAGCGAGCGCGCUCCCUGUCAGCUCCACCCCAUUGAGCCUUCUCCAUGAUGGCAAACACCGCAGCAGGCAAAGCACUUUGGGGUCGUCAGAGUGCGAGUGGUCUGACUCUGGCUCGGACCUGCGGCUAAGGAAGUUCCCCUCUCUGAUGCACGGCAAACGCUCCGCCCCAGAGCUCCCCCUGUUGCCCCCGGCAACCCGUCGCAUCGACCAGACCAGCCCUACCAAGAGAGAUGAAGCGCUGCCCAUGAAACGCAAGCCCUUGCCCAAACCGCGCCCCUCGCCCCGGUCGCCACGGCGAUUCAGCUUCGACCUCCCUCCCAGCUCUGGCGUUGGAGGCUUCAGUGAGGACGAGGGCUGGACCCGACGACGCAGCGAGAGGAUUUUCCUCCACGAUGCAACCACGUCAGCCAGUCAGAUGUCUGUGCCAGCCUCUGCUUCCUCCAGUCAGAGCUCUUCCUCCAGCUCAGCCCCACCUCUAACCCCGAAGCCGGCCUCCAGACCCAAACCUGCUCCGCCCAGCAGAGAGGGGAAAGAUGUGGUGAAAAAAAAGAAACUGAAGGACUCUCCUCUGCCUGUGAGCCCGUCCACCCUGUGCAGUCCAAUCACAGACAGCCCUGUGCCUCUGAGCCUCAGCCCGUCACGCAAGAGCCAAUCAAAAGCCAAGACCAAGGCCAGGGAGCCUUCCAGGGGAGCGGUGAGCCGGCUAAUGGAGAGCAUGGCGGCAGACGAAGACUUCGAGCCCAACCAGGACAGCAGCUUCAGCGAAGACGAGCUCCUCCCGCCGCGCAGCAACAGCGUAUCAGAGAGGUCCUCCACACCUGCUCCCGUGCAGUGUGUCCUGGAUAAGGAUUCUCUGGUGGAUGGACUCAGAGUUUUGAUCCCGAUGGACGACCAGCUACUGUACGCAGGCCACGUGAACACUGUACACUCCCCUGACAUAACAGGAAGUUCAGAUAUUGACGAGAAUGACGAUCUCAUCACGGUGGAGUUUGACGAUGGCGACACAGGCCGCAUCCCCCUCUCCCACAUCAGACUGCUGCCGCCAGACUACAAGAUCCACUGCGCUGAGCCGUCCCCUGCUCUGCUCGUGGCCAGUUGCUCCAGGAGGCGAGUCCGCAAAUGCAGCAAAGAGGCCGGUACAAAGCCAGAGGAAACCACUCCUAAGAUCAAAGGAAAACCUGGUCGCAAACCCAAACCCAAACCAGAGCCCUCCGUGACCCCAGAUGGCCGAGAGAAAGCUGAUCCUCCAUCGUCCUCCAACCAGUCCGCAGAGAGACCCCAGGCUCCAGCCAAGCCUUCCAUGGACAGGACUUCCUCUGUCCAGAAGGCAGCUCAGGAGAAGCCCCGGCCUGCAUCCCGGCCGACGAUGGGAAGUCAGACAAAACCGGCCCGCAAGAGCUCCACCACGUCCCCCGCAAGCAGCCCUACCCUCCCCAACCCGGUGCCCAGGAAGUCCAGCUCAGCCCAGCCUCCUCCUCCUAAACCCUCCCGCCCUCUCCCUCCCUCCCUCUACCCCUCCACUUACGGGAAGGUCCUGACUGUGGAUCUGUACAGCGAGCCCAACCUCAGUUCAUACAACAGCCAGCGCAGAGAGAGAGAGAAUACCAGCAGCAGUCCCACCACCAACAGACCCAUGUCCAGACCCAGUAUGACAACAUCAACUUCUGCAUCCAAGCAAAGUGCUUCAUCCACGCCCAGACCCACUUCUGCUUCCACACCCAAAACCAAACCCUCCUCUGACCAUCACAGCAGCUCCAGAACCAGCCUCAGCACUGGACUCGUACCCUGCCCCAUCUCCAGGAUGUCAACAGGCAAACCCGGGUCUUCGCUAACUCCCAGAUCUUCAUCAUCUUCAUUGUCAUCGUCAUCGGUCCCCAGACCUAAACUUAAGGUGCCGUCCGACCAGCUGUCCUCCAACUCAAGACCCAGCCCCAUCUCCAGACCCAAGACCAGCUCAGGGCAAAGCGAGGUGGGCUCGGUGGUGAGGCGCAAGCCCGUGUCUGCAGAGCCCCUCGUGAAGCUUGACCACGAAGGUGUCACCUCCCCCAAGACCAAGAAGACCAAGGCUCUGAUGUUGCUAGAGGGUCGGGGCGUCAGGCGAGAUCACACCCCCAUCACCACGGCGACAGCCAAUCAGAAACCGCUAAAGGCUAAACCGAGACCUCCAGAUAGAGAGACUGGCCUACCAGAGAAAGACUCCACCUACAAAGCACCGAUGCUGGCUAAGGAGAAGGCAGAUUGUCGUGGAAGUGCUGGUAGAGGACAGGAGAUGGACACGAGAGAGGAGAAGGGGAAAAAAGAGGAGAGAAAGGAGGUGGAGAAAAGAAAGGAGAGAAAGAUGAAAGAGGAAUCUCAGAGUAGCAGCAGCUCAGAGUCCGAGGAAGAAGGGGAGAAAGGGAAGGUGAAGAAAAAGAAGAAAUGCACCUCAAGCUGCUCUUCCUCCUCAUCGUCCUGCUCUGGUUCCUCCUCAUCUUCGUCAUCAUCGUCCUCUUCCUCAUCCUCUUCGUCCACUGAUGACUCCUCCUGCAGCUCUGAUGAAGAGAGGACCCCUACGCCUCCGCCAGGUCCCGUCUCCACGCCUCCAGUACAGGACAAACCGAAAGAAGAAACGAAAGAGGAAGAAGAGGAGGAGGAGGAAGAAGAAGAAGAAGAAGAAGAAGAAAAAGCGGUGAAAAAGGAGGUGGAGGUAAAAGUGGAGGAAGAAGAACUGUCUCCUCCCUCAGAAUCUCCAUCCCCGUCAACCUCCCCGACUCCUGCGGCUCCUGCUAAACCUGCUAAACCAGCUACCGGGAAGGGCUCCGGGCAAAGGGGUCGUCCUCCAAAACCAAAGCCUAGCGGAGGCGAAGGGAAGGUGGGGAGACCAAAACGGAGAGAGGGGGUCCACCUCCCCACAACCAAGGAGCUGGCUAAACGUCAGAGGCUUCCCAGUGUGGAGAACAGACCCAAAAUUUCUGCUUUCCUUCCAGCCAGACAACUUUGGAAGUGGUUUGGGAAACCCACUCAGAGACGCGGUAUGAAGGGCAAGGCUAAAAAGCUCUUCUAUAAAGCUAUUGUCCGAGGCCGAGAGAUGAUCCGCAUCGGUGACUGUGCGGUGUUCCUUUCCGCCGGACGGCCUAACCUGCCCUUCAUUGGCCGCAUCCAGAGCAUGUGGGAGUCAUGGGGCAGCAACAUGGUGGUUAGGGUCAACUGGUUCUAUCAUCCAGAAGAGACUAACCCCGGAAAGAAACUCACUGACAAGAAGAACUGGGAUCAGAUGUGUGGUCAGUCUUUGCCAGCAGCUCUACACUCUUCCAUCCAAAGGAAAGACUUCAUGGAGCGCGCCCUCUACCAGUCAUCUCACAGCGACGAGAAUGACGUGCAGACGGUCAGCCACAAGUGCCUGGUGGUGAGCGUGGAGGAGUAUGAGCAGAUGACACACACGCGCCGCUACGCCGACAGCGAAGACCUCUACUACCUGGCCGGCACCUACGAGCCCACCACCGGCAUGAUCUUCAACACAGACGGAGUCCCAGUCAUCUGCUAGACGGACGCAGAAACUCGCCGCGAGUUGCUGAAACCAAAUGACCCAACUUUGGACCUCACUAAAGGAGUCUAACCCAACCUGAGGUCUUUCCAAGUCUAACCACUGACCUUCAUUCAUGAUGGAUCUUUCACAGCCGUGACUCAGUGAACUCAACCGCUCUCUGAUACCAUGUACACUUCAAAUGGACUGUCAUGAACAGCUAGUACUACAGAAACGGGAGACACUAUAGACAGUAUUAAAAGGAAGGAAGUCUCCUGGAACGUUUGCACACACAGACUCCAUCAACACAUACUGCUCCUCUUGAUGUGUUCAUGGGAAAGCAUCACAACACACAUGAGCACUUCGGCCUCCUUUUACAUGUAAAUACACCCUUCAUGAACACAUACCUACACUCACACAUGCACAGACACAUGUAAAUACUCACCUCCAUGUAAUACACACGCAGUUAUAAUAGAGGAAAAUAUGAGUGUUUUAUUUUCAUGUAAUAGAUUUAUGUCAGAGUACUUUUUUCUAAAGAGGUAAACAGUCGAGAAGCUUUAAUGAACUGUGAAUGAUGAUAUGAGAGAGAGAGAGAGAGAGAGAGAGAGGCCCGUUGCUGUCCGUCCGCCCCCGGCAGACAGACAGACACACACACCGGUGAUGUGAUGUUGUGAUUAUGAUGUUGCUGUGGUGAUGUUACAGUCAUGUUACAGUCAUAUAAAUGUAUCUACAGAACAGCAGGAGCGACAGAUAGACGCAAAGAGAGAACGAGAGAAGUAGAUAGUCCUUCCAUUGCUGUUCAACAGAAAGCACUUAACAAAAAAAAAAACACUUAAAAUCUACCCUCCUUUAAUUUAACCCCUUCAAUUCCCCUUGACAAUCCUAACUCGGGCAGGUGAACUGUCCGUGUGCUACUAAAACUUCUGACUCCCUCAGAGACUCAGGCUUAAAAGAGAGAGGAAGGAAUCUUGUACUAUCAAAAACCCAUUUUUACCUUUGAGUUCCUUAUCUUAAAGGAAUAAAAUCCACCCUGAAAACACUUUAACACUAUAAACAAAAACAGCUGCUGUUGAUGUAUCUUGUAUUUCGUUGUUUUGCACUGAGGAGAAAUAGAUCCUAAAGGAGGCAGAGACUCCAGUUUCUCCACCUGACAGAAGCCUCAGUAGAGAGACCCAUCACAGCUACAAGUUGUAGCUGGUGUCUGGGGGAUGUUGAAAAGCAUUCUGGGAAAUGUAGGACACCUGUAAGAAAAAUGUGUAAACAAGACUACAACACUUGAUCACAAAGUGACUCUAUGAAUGCACUGAACAAGAGCUGAUGUAUUGACAGUGUAGGAGUCCCAGAGGGUGGAUUUUUCCUUUUUUUAAGGUGUUUUCAGGGUUGUAAACGUUGCAGUCAGUCCAAGAUGCAUCAAGGUCAUGGCGCUGAUAGUCAGUAUGCAGUUGCCAGCACUGAUUAGAUCAUGAACAUAAUUCAAUUUUAACAGUCAUCUUCCACAGUUUGGCUCCGUUCAUUUAUUUUGGCUGCAGCGUUUUCAACCUCUAAAUGUCCUGUGCUAGAUGUAUUUUAAUUUCCCUUUGCUUCAGCUGCUUUAUGGACGUUUAUCUUAGCCCCAUUUGAACACAUGCCGCCCCUCCAAGCAAUCAUCUUUGAAAUGAGUGCACUUUGAAUACUUGUACGUCUUCCUAGAGUAUUUACUAACCCCCUCCCCCCGCUCCGGCUGCCUGUCCUCUGCAUGACGCCCCUUACA